AUGGAGGCCCUAUACAGGGACCUGCAAGACCUGGACCCCUACCGACCUUCCAUGGAGGGGCCAAGAGCUGGGGAAGUAACCUACUCGAAGGCCUACCCUGGAAAGAAGGGCCAUCCAGGAGCCCGGACCCUGGGCUACAGGAUUCGUUUCCCCAAGCAUAUCCUGUCAAUCUGGUACCAGGAGCUAACAGACCCUUGGAAUGGUAUCGAUGGGAAGCUAAGAAUCUUAAAGAGCUCUGAGGAAUGCAGAGUGUGGGCAGAAAAUAACCAGCAGGCUCAACCCGCAAUACCUAUUAGUUAUGCCAUGUUAACAGGGACAGGGGAAAGGUACUCCACUGCCAUCCAACAGGCUGAAAUACCUGGCCCGUUCCAUGACCAGGCUUGCAAAGAUAUAGAACAAGAAGACAGUCCUAGGGCAGUGACUUAUACCCCUGAUGAUUCCAGGGUAAGCAAACCUAUGGUGUUUCAGUUGUAUAAAGAAAUCCCUCCGAAUCCCCAGCGGAACGCCGAGGAGAGGGGCGGGCCCAGAGCGCGGCGCGCUUGCGCAACCUCUUUGAAACCUUGCUACUGGGCGGGCCCUGGGCAGUUGGCGGAGGCUUCUUGGAGCUACGCGCACUGUUUCUCGGCUCUUAGUUUGGGACGGGGCAAAGUAGCACGUGGAGUUUUCAUUUAUCUCAAGAUGUCGGCUGAGAGAGGUCGCGUUGGAUCCUAUCCGCAAAACCCUGAGAAAAAGCAGACUGAAGUCCCAGGAGUGGUGAUCCGAAAGGCUGGUGCCCAAAAGCCCAACUCCUGGAUCCAAAAGGUUCUUCAACAGAUUGUACGGUCACCUGGCAUGUGUGUGAGCCCCUCUGAGGUGGUGCCCGUCACCGUACUGGCAGUCCAGAGGUACCUGUUAGAGUACGAUCGCCGGGACACGCAGCCGAAGCCUCCCGUUUACUGCUAUGAUGUGACCAUCUCCGACGGCGUGUACCAGGAAAAGUGCUGCCUCGAUACCAGUCUCAACUGUCUGGUUCGUCAGAAUAUUCUUAAAGUUGGCAUCAAAAUGAGCAUUUCUAGAGUCUCGUGUCUUUACAACGAGGAACAUUUAGGCCAAGGGAUCCUUUGCAUCGAUAGCGUCCACUGCGAGGAGGCGUUAGAUGAUAUUUCUGUCGAAGAAAUUCCCUUCCGAAACAGUGAGCACCAGAAGAAACCCGAGCGGCCUUUGAGGGGCGAGCGCAGUCAUUAUUUGGCUUUGUGGAAUAAUGAAGAUCCGUAUGGAGACAUCUGGCUAACCAACAAGCAACCUGAAGACUACAAUUUUAAACAUCUGAAACUAAUUUCUCUUUCUCACCUUGAAAUGACCUGGAGUACAAGAAAAUAUUUCCCUGCCUUGCUUGUGAGGAUCUUGUAUAAAUCAAAACUGCGAUACUAUGGGAAACCUCAUAAGAAGGUGACUGAGCCAUACCAGAGCUUUCUGGAAAUUGCCGACUGUUCAGGCACUGUUACAGCAAUUAUGUGGAAUGAUCUGUGUCCUCAGUGGUAUAAAAGUUUGAGAACUGGAUUAGUUCUUCUGCUUCAAGCAUAUUCUGUUAAAAAGAGCUAUCCAUUCCGGAUGCAGCCUUCUCCCGUGAAUCCAAAUAUCAAAAUAAUUUCUUCAAUGGAAAUCAACCUGAAUAUUCGAGAUCCUCCAACUAAUAUAAUUAUCAUUCCAGAAUAUCAAGUGAAACCAGAAUGGGGAUUGCCAAAACUAAAUCAUCGAUUUAUCACCAGAAAAGAACUGGAAGAUAAGCCAAGAAAUUAUAUCUGUGAUGUGAUUGGCAUUUUAUCUUUCGUAGGAAGGGUCCAGCGGUCAAAAAAGAGAGAAAAACAUGAAGAUUUUUGGUCAUAUCGCUGGAUUCACAUUGCUGAUGGAACUUCAGAACAACCAUUUAUAGUGGAACUCUUUUCUACAUCUCAGCCAGAAAUCUUUGAAAAUAUUUACCCAAUGGCUUAUUUCAUAUGUACACAGUUGAGAGUUGUCAGAAAUAACAAUGUAGUACCUAGACUGCUUUACCUCACCACUACAAAUGAGAGCCGAGUGUUCCUUACUGGUCAGAGAGGCCAGCCAUAUGCCUAUGAAGCUAAAGUUAAAAACUUCAUUCAAUGGGUUAAAACAAAGACUGAUUCUGAGAAACUGAAGAAUGCUGUUAUUGGUGGAUACUACCCCUAUCCACCAGUACCAUCAACAUUUUCCAAGUAUAGUUGUUCUUCUAAAGUUGACUCACUCUUGACGGCUAUAAGUGAAGUGAAGAAGGUGAUAGAAGACUUGCAAUACAGGGAACAAAAGCGCAUUGCCAUUCAAGGAAUAAUUACUGCUAUAAAGUACAUCCCCCAUAGCUAUGCGAAUAAAAGCACCUCAGCACUGGUAACACCUCUGAAAAUUAGCCAACCUUCACCAUCUCAGGCAGCUCCAGAACGAAGUCAUAAUGAGGAAGUAAGAGGUAAACAGCAUGGAAGGGGUAGGCUGGCACGUUCUCAGAAUUUUCAAACUACAUCUACAAGUUUGAGUCCUAGCAAGAAGAAAAGAAUUCUUCAAGCCCCAUGUGGCAAACUAAUUGCUGUACCUCAGCAAGAAGCUUCUUCCCAAACAAAUGGAAAUAAACUGGGCACAUCAGGCAUGGUCCAAUGCCCAAGAAGUGCCAAUACUGAUACCACAGGAAAUAUCAGAUUCAUCAAGGAUAGGUGGGAGAGUCAGCUGUUGAAAGAGAAAAGGCCUAGCUUAAAAGACCAUUUGAAGUACAGCUGUGUUUACCCAGAAAGUAUUCCACGGAAAUUCAUUUUAGAACACAAAAAGUUUCUUACUCAGCAGUAUAAUUCUCAGCCUUCCAAGUACAUACCACCAGAAGGAAAGCCUCCAAAACUUCAGGAAUUUAAGAGUGCCCGCAGCCUUGGACAUUUUGAAGUAACCAUCCUAGGUCUGAACCAUGAAAUAGCAAUUGAUGUUGCAUUCCUACCCAUGUUUUGUCCAGAAGACGUUCAAACAUCUCAAGUAGACACAUUGUUGACCUGCAUGAAUUACAGCUGUGUAUAUCCAGUAGCAACACCUGUCAAUGAACGAACGCUGAGUCCCAGAGCACUGGCAGGUGAUAUUAUAAAAGCAGCAGCUGAAUUGGAUAGAGUCCACAUCAUUGGUAUCUUAGAUAUCUGUAAUUUGGGUAACAAUAAAGUAGAAGUCUGUUUGCAGAAAAUUUAUUCUCCAAAAAAUAUGCCUUAA